GUUUAUUUGCAGUCCCUAAAUCUCUAGGAGUUUUAGGGGACGUGGAACCGUUUGUCAAAGGGCCCUAUAGGCAGGGGGGUAGUCGACACUGCUUGCAAAAUCUUCCCACAACCCACGCUACUAAACCACAAUGGCACCCCAAACUACUUUCUUUGCGCAAACUCGUGCCCCGGGGUGCGCCAGCGCGCCUCGGCGGCCUAGCAGCCGGAACAGCGCCGUCAAGGUUCACUCCGUGCUUUCUCCGCUACCUGCUUCCGAGACACGGUCAACUGUAGAUAGGCUAAAAAAGCUUCGCUUGAUUACCGCUGUCAAGACUCCCUAUCACGCAAACGGCAAGUUCGACAUACCAGCCUACGAUGCGUUGGUCUCUAGGCAGAUUGAGAACGGUGUGGAGGGCGUCAUCGUCGGCGGGACAACAGGAGAGGGCCAUUUGAUGUCUUGGGAUGAGCAUGUUAUGCUGAUCGCGCACACCGUGAACGCGUUUGGUAACAAAAUUGCCGUCAUCGGCAACACCGGCUCCAACUCCACUCGCGAGGCGCUUCACGCCACGGAGCAGGGCUUUGCUGUGGGCAUGCACGCCUCUCUUCAGAUUAACCCUUACUACGGCAAGACCAGCAAGACUGGCCUGCUAAACCACCUCAGCGCCGUUUUGAACGAGGGACCAGCCAUCGUCUACAAUGUCCCUGGCCGCACCGGCCAAGACAUUCCGGACGAUGUGGUGCUGGAGAUUUCCCAGCACAGUAACUUCCUGGGCAUGAAGGAGUGCACCGGCAACGCGCGGAUUAAGAGCUACACUAGCCGUGGCGUCAACUGCUGGUCUGGCAACGACGACGAGGCUCACGACGCGCGGCACUCCAGCGGCGCUGUGGGCGUCAUCUCGGUCGCCUCCAACGUGGUGCCCGGCCUCAUGCACCGCCUCGUGCACGGCGCCAACCCAGAUCCCGCCCUCAACGCCUCGCUGAAGGAGCUCUUUGGCUGGCUCUUCUGCGAGCCCAACCCCAUUGCGCUCAACACCGCGCUCUCCAUGUGCGGCCUGGCCAAGCCCGUGUUCCGGUUGCCGUACGUGCCGCUCAGCCGCGCGCAGCGGGAGAAGGGCGCGGCGCUGCUGGCGUCGGUGCAGGAGCACAUCCCGGGCUGCCAGGGGGUGCGUGUGAUGGAGGACCAUGAGUUCGUGUUGAUUGGGCGGCACUAGGUGUGUGUACUGGAGGGAGGGGGAGGAGUGUGUUGGGUUUGGGGUAUGGGUAGGCGUAGAGAGUGGGGAUGAUGCCUUGGGGGUGUUGGCACGUGAUGUGUACGUGGGGUCUGUUACGGGUAGGGGGUAGGGAGGGAAAUUGAAUGUGCGCAGGGGAUCACCCUUGGGUGCGCAUCUCCUCGGGAUUCUCAUUCGGACUGUGGGCUCGGUCUGUUCGGGUGGGCAAUCAAUUCUGGCUCAGUGUGAACAUACGCUCGCGCGCACAUGAACACGCUGCGUUGAUCAGCUUUGUUGACACACUUUGCGGGAACAUUACGCAUUUCGGGUGUUACGACUGCUUGCCUUGGUCGUCAUUAAGGAGCAUGUAUGCCACCCGCGAACACCUACAUAAAAGGCUGGCAUGCACGGGCUCCUUUCCUCGGUGCGUUCUUUUGGGCGUGGGUAUCUGUAUGCCCCCAAGGUUGAUGCGAGUGUUGCCUGUCUUGGCGCGUUCCCUCGGCGAUCUCGCUUCGGCCAGAGCUUGUUUGGUUGGCGCUCUUUUGGGGCUUAACAAGAGGUGUCGCAGGCCGUUUUGUUCAGCGGGUUUUGGUUGUUUGUAGGACUGAUGCUUUACGGGGUGCACCGCCCGGUGUUUGUGGAAGGGAGCAAACAAAGGGCCAGCGUCCCUCCGUUUAUAAUCGUUGCGCCAGGUAGCCUUCUCCGCGCGAGGACGGAAAUCGGGUUGGGAUGGUUGAUGUGGCAGGGCUACUUACGGGGCAGAGGAAGACAGCAACGCGUUAGGAGAUUAGGAGUUUCAAUAGGUCCGGAAGCUCUCUUACGUGAGAUUGAAGAGGCUGGUGGUGAUGAUGCGGUGUCGAUUGCUAUGGUUGCUUAUGAAAGCGGUCUUAGCAGCCCAACAUGUUUCGG